UUGGAUGCGUUUUACAAAUCAAUAACGAAAGAAGAAAUACACUUACACAGCAACUUGAGUGUAGAAGUACACAAAUCCCUUCCAACUUUGUUCAGCUGAAUUAUGCUACAGUUUCUGGCUGGGUUUACCUUGGGGAACGUUGUUGGGAUGUACCUUGCUCAAAACUAUGAGGUACCCAACAUUGCGAAGAAGAUAGAAGCUUUUAAGAAGGACGUGGAGGCAAAGAAGAAACCACCAGAGGAGUGAAUAUGCAUCAUCAACAUGGAAAGAUAUUAAUGCAUAUUGAAUCUAUGGGAACAAUAAGACGGACACGCAGAGGAUGUAUUUUUAAGUCUCAUUACGUCAUUUAAUCUUUGCUAUUAUAUUCAACUGUGCAAACGGAUUCCCCGAGCAGUAUUUUUAGUGCCUGGACUGGGCCACUAUCCUUUUUUUUCUUCAAGUAUGGAUUCUUAAAAUACUUUAAAUUAUAUUGUGAGGGUGCUAUUAAUAAGUGGCUAUGCAAAGAAAACAUGGGAUCAUCUGAACUCCAGAAACCCUGGCCUUAUUUCUGCACUCCGCUAAGCAAGACAGGGCAAAAGUUGUGCUGACUACUAGUAUUUAUGCCUAAAUAUGACUAAUGCGUGUCAGUUACUGUUUAAACAAUAGUUACUAGGUAGUAGUUUUAUGGGAUUCAGAAUAAGUAGUAUUGGAAAUCUUUUGUUUGGAUAAUUCUUGGUUGUUUGCUGUUCUAUUACAUUGUAGGUCUUAAUUAGAUCUGCAUCUGAUCAGCCUGCAUGAAUAAAGUUGCUCAGUUUGGUUUAUCAA